AGUAUUCACAUUAAAGAUUGCUUUUAUAAUAUUAUCACUUGCAAUACGCCCGAUACGGACACACACAGAAAGAUACUUACAAAAAAGAAACAACUAAUAAAUAAAAUCAACUAAAAAAGUGACAAUGUCCCAGGACCCCAGCAUUAACGCGAUGCUUUUGGAUAUGUGCGCCAAAGCUCAGGACAGUGCCAAGCAUGCCGACACAGCCUCCACCCCUGUCACACCUGACCCUGCUGGCAGCGAUGUGAUCAUUGUUGAUGAAAACUCCAAUAACGCCCCUGUUAGAGAGUCGUCCUUACCAGCAUUGAGGUCCAUCGACGAUGCACCAGGUCCUGCCAAGUCAGAAGAUACACCACAGCCAAAUGUCACGGUUGCUGGUCGAAAUCCAAAGGAUUAUGAAUGGCUGCGUGAGGCAUUGGCCUCUGUCGAGUCUCCUGAGCGUCAGGUAAAACGGCUGCUUGAUACGGUCGAGAAGCCGGAUGUUUCUAAAGAUGAAAUGAUCAGUGCUUUGGAAGAGCUGUCGGAUUUGGUUGAGGAUAUCAACUGGGCUACUGAAUUUGCGCUCAUGGGCGGACCCAAACGUAUGCUAAUUUUACUUCAAAAUUUAGACAAAAACGGUUCCGAAAGGUUUGCGGAGGGCGCCAGUGAGGUGCGUGCUGCUCUGGCUUCUAUCGUUUCACACUCAUCUCAGCAGCACGGACGUGUUCAACAGUGUUUCGCUGACGCAAAAUGGGCGGACGUUAUCGUGCCAAUGCUCCUGAAAGAAGAAUCUCCCACGACUCUGGCAGCUCUUUUACAUGCAUGUAGCUGUUUGUGCCGUAAUUUUGAGCCCAACACUAUUUCUUUUCUACAGCAUGGCGGCAUGGAGGUGCUAACAUCAUUACUUCAGAGGAAGCGUCAGCCAAGGAUUGUUGGGGACCCCAUUGAUAACAAGAUUUUAGGCCGCAUUUUCUUCUUCGUGGCCUAUCUCGCAAGCACUGGUGUUUCAUCCGAGAAGAUUAUCAAGCUUACUUGUGAACAUGUGGAAAGAUCAGGCGACAAGAACAAUGAGAAUUACGGCGUGGAAAGUAUGCAGCGUUCCGCAGCAAUGGCACUAUUCGAGCUUACCAAGAAAAGUCCUAGCUUGGUGAAGCGGCUGGUGCGGGAGUGCAUGGCCAAACAGUUUCAGGCUUGGAGGCAACUUAACGUGUGUGCAGAGGAUGAAGACCCACGUCGUGCGCUCACCGAUGAGCUGGAAAAGUUAGGUUAAUGAAAAGGGAGAACUAUUUUAAAGAAAAUAUUUAUCUUUAUUUGGCUAAAUGAUAUAUCUAAAAUUAAACAUGCUGGUCAAAGUAUUAUUUUAAUAUUAGGAGUAAAUUUUGAUUAGAUAUACCCAGAGCAGCG